AAUUCUUAUCUGUAUAUCAGUCAUUCAUAUCAGUUUAACGAUAACAAUAACACGAAGUUUUCAAAAUUUAUAAUCAGUUUCUAAUUUAAUUUCAAUUUAAAGAGAGGAUAAUUAAAGUAAUUUAUUGAGAAUAAUAACAAUCCAAAUAAAUAAUUUAAAAAAAUGAGUGAUGUGGGAGGACAAUGAGCCUAAAAAUGAGGGAGGGUCCUAAAUGGUGGAAAUUUGGCAUCUUAUUCCAAUGCCAUUUGAACGGCAACGACUUGGUUUUGGCUCGUGUAGCUUUGCCGGCUCUAGUUUUCAGAUCAGAGUUUUGGAUGAAUCGGCGCGCGAAGGUCCUCUCUCUCUCUUUCUCUCUCUCAAAAGUUAUAUAUCGUCUCACUCUCACCUUCUAAUUGUUAUAAUUAUUUUCAAUCAAAUUUUUUAAAUCAAGAACUCAAAAAUAUUCCAAUUGUUACUGGUGAUACCUUCUAAUUGGAGGCCAUGAAGUGGCAUCCCAAUCAUCCGGAAAAACUCAUCUCGAGACAUGUAGGCGAUGAAAGCACGGAUCAGAAUAAUAACAUCACCAUGACGAGUGAAAAUCUUCUGCAACCCGGCCAUGUGGUUAAAGAAAGAUGGAAAGUGACGAAAAAAAUUGGCGGUGGUGGAUUUGGGGAAAUCUAUGAAGGCCUAGAUUUAGUCUCAAAGGAAAAUGUCGCCCUUAAAGUGGAAUCAGCUCGUCAACCAAAACAAGUUCUUAAAAUGGAAGUGGCUGUUCUUAAAAAGCUUCAAGGUAAAGAAAAUGUCUGUAGAUUUAUAGGCUGUGGACGAAAUGAUAGAUUCAAUUAUGUAGUAAUGCAACUUCAAGGAAAAAAUUUGGCAGAAUUACGACGUGCGCAACCGAGAGGUUCUUUUUCUCUAUCCACAACAUUGAGACUUGGAAUUCAAAUUUUAAAAGCAAUAGAAAAUAUACAUCAAGUUGGCUUCCUUCACAGAGAUAUUAAGCCAUCAAAUUUUUCAAUUGGUCGUCAGUCCAAUAAUUGCAGAUUGGUUUUUAUGCUGGAUUUUGGACUGGCUCGUCAAUUUACAACGGGAAAUGGAGAAGUUCGACCUCCUCGUGCAGCGGCAGGAUUCAGAGGUACCGUCCGGUAUGCGUCUAUCAAUGCUCACAAGAACAAAGAAAUGGGACGACACGACGAUUUGUGGUCCCUUUUUUAUAUGUUGAUAGAAUUCGUUAAUGGUUCACUUCCUUGGCGUAAACUCAAAGACAAGGAACAAGUAGGAUUAUUGAAAGAAAAAUAUGAUUAUCGAUUACUGCUGAAGCAUCUUCCUUCGGAUUUCCGUCUUUUCUUAGAACACAUUCAGAGUUUGAGCUAUGCGGAUAAACCAGAUUAUGCAAUGUUGAGUGGUUUACUUGAAAGGUGUAUGAGACGUCGUGGUGUGAAGGCGAGUGACCCCUACGACUGGGAAAGACCUAUAAUUGUUAAUGAAGGUUUACCAACCACCAGAUCGUUACCCACUGUUCCACUACCGCCAACACAUACAACAGCGACGACAAUUAAUCAAUUGCAAACCACACCAAAUGUAGAUACUAAUAAUCAAGAGAAUGUCGAGCCCGACAACAGAAAAGAAUUAGAUGCUCAAUUGGAUUAUGAAAGUAUAUGCAGGAGAAGUCGACAGUGUACAAUAGAAGGAUCAACAAUUCCGUUAACAGCAGCAAUUAGCAAUCAUGGCCGGGAUAAAAAUUGCAAUGCUACGUUACCUGUUACGGACAAUACAAAUCCUCAAGGGGGUCAAGUCGCUGUUUCACUACCUGUGCAAGGUUCGAAAAUUUAUGCAAAAAAAUACUUUCAGUUUUUGCAACUAUUUUCUCCGAAGAAGAGACGCGCAGUUUCAAUGGCAGUCGAACCACAAUGUCAAACGCCACCGGUGGAAAAGCAAAUUGACACCGAGGCAGAUGAAAUGGUUGCGUCUGCACGUUCAGCAUCAGAAGUCCCACGUACUAAAUCGAAUACAAAUGUUUCUGUGCCUCUUCGUAAAUCGGCGAGCGGUGCAACUUUUGCACGUUUACGAGUUGUUGCUGCGCCAGAACAAACAUCUGGUGAACCACCAAGUCCUCGAAUACAAACUGACGUCGAUGCCUCGUAUUGUUCGUACGACGUUACUAAUGCAAAAAAUGUCGGAAACCAAAGUCCAGUAACAGAGCAGAGGGAACCUUUGAGAAGAGAACCAAAAAAGAGAGUCGAUGGACGUCAUCAGUCACGAAGUGGUCGUUCAGCGUUUAGAGAUUGUUCCAUUACUCAAUUCGCACAAAUAGAUGAUGAUAAUGUCUCAGCUUUACAACAAGUCACAAAAGGUGGCGGUGGAUUGACAUUGGCAUCACAGUGGAAAUCACAGUUUGACGAUUCCGAGGAAACAGACAAUGAAUGGAAAGGCGACAAUCUACAAAGUCCGGAACAUAAAGGAGGUCACCCACCAUCCAUUGUACCACAAAUCGGUAAUGAAGUAGUGGCGGGAACGACAUCUCAGGAAGGAAAGGUGCACGUGUCGGUGUUGCCAACUUCAUCACAACAACAGAGUUUAUCGGCUGUUCAAACUGCACUUUCGCGAAUAAGUGAGGAUUCACCGCGUGCUGCUGGUCGGCACAGGUGUUUAAAUAUUGCCGGAAUUGAAAAAUAUCCGGAAUUACAGAGAGCAUUACCGAGAGCAUGGAGUGUACCGGCGCUGGCGCCGCACGUUCGCGAUUAUUUAGAAGCUCCUCUGGUCCAACAGGCUGCAUUUGAUGAUUUAUUGUACGAAGUCGAUGUUAUGAGGAAUAUUGCAACGCGACACGAUGAGCCAAGAGAAAGUCCACCACGUAGACGUGCGAGUGUUCCUGCAGUUACGUUUUCGCCAACAAAUACAGUUCCAACAACACCAGCCGGUGAUGAAGAGGAACAAGCGGUCGCUGGAAGACUUGAAAUAAGAGUUGUCGAUGGAACUGGAGGCGCUACUGUUGUCCAAACAAGCGCCGAUAAAGAACCAUUACAAAGUAAAAAAUUAACGAAUGGCACAGCUGGAAGUCCAGCCGGUCAGCAAGAUUCUUCCGUCUAUUACGACACAACUGAAAAUCGUGUUUGCGCAAACAAUAUGCCAAAUAAAAAUCCCGUGACAACAGCGUCGACCACUGUACCAUCGAGUGUUCAACUUCGAGAACAUAAAGACAGAGAAAAUUCCUACAGGCCACACAGUACAUACAGUAAAAUUCCAGUUCCGGUAAAAAGUCCCCGAUGUUCCUUAUCAGAAUCAACACCAGAAACAAAUACAACAACAACGAGAACAGGAAGUGAAUCUGCGGCUCAAAAUUCUCAAUCAAAAGACUCGGUCACUAAAGGUAAGCCAUUGACAAUUCAUGCGGAAGCACCAGCGUUGAGACGUUGCGCAACAUUACCCGAUGCAAGGCCAAAUGUGGCGCCAUUAACUUCGACAAGUUCCACUGAAGACGAGAAUUUAACUGGCUGCACACCGGCAUUGCGUCGUCGCAGGCUUAGCGAAAAAUAUGUGACCGACGCAAGUCAACUUAAUUUACGUUUUCAAAGACCACAAGGUAGAACAAGACCAAUAUCUGAGGUAAUAUCUAGAUGGUAUCCGAGAGGUGUACCUUCUCAUCUUCUAGGAGAAGCUGGCAAGAGAACCGAAGAGAGCAGUGACAAUGAUUCAAACAGCAGUGGAGCAGCGAAUUCUCAACCUCCACCACCACCUUCAUCUUUGCCACCUCACAUCGGAGAAAAUAAUGCAAGAUGCCGCAGAUUUAGACCAAUGCCGGAAAGUACAGUGAUUGGACGUGAAACGUGAGGCUGCGACAUUCAACUAUAUGUGGGAAAUGUUUAAUUCAACUCGAGUGAGGAGAAUUUAUUGAACUACAGCCAACUAGGAAUGUGAUACCUUUUUGGAUCAAAUUAGUAAGCAAAAAAACCUUUCUAGUUAAACCAAUGGACACUCCUUAUAAAAAAAAAAAUAUUGAAGACUUUAAUCCGUGAAAGGGAGGGGGGGAAACGUAUUCCCUACGUAUGACGUAAAGAGCGAAAAAUAAAGUGAAGACGUGAUUCACUAAUUUUUAAGGCUUCUCAAGGGAUUUUUUUUUAUAGGUACGAUCUUUGUUUUUUUUUUCUAUAUAUUAUAUAUAUAUAUUCUAUUUGAAGAAGGCAUUUUUUUCAUUCUCAACGUAUUUAAAUUUUAUUUACAAAAUACGUUAACCAAGAUCGUACAAAUAUUCUCCUCAGUGUACAAUCAGUGAAAAAAAUACUUCCAAGUCUUUAAAGACUAAACUUGUUUUUUUGACAAGUUGAAAAAAAAAAAUUAUACCUAGACUCUUUAUUAAUAUUAAUGAUAAUGACCAAAGAAAAAAAAAAAAAAAAAAAAAAAAAUGGUCACAUAUAAUUGAUCUCAGUUAUUCUAUAAUAUAAUAUCUAUAUUAUCAUACUCUUGACUCAAUUAAUAUUUAAACAAUAAUGUGUGCUUUUGUAAACGCGACAUUGCACUUUGUAAUCGUGUCUGCACUAAUGUAUCCUUUGUAUUUUAGAUGGAACAAAUAUUUGUAGAUGUGAAAAAAAAAACUCAUAUAUUAAUUCUUUUUUUCUAAUUCCGCUUGUGAUAUUAUUUUUCUAAAUCUAUAUAUAGAAAAAUUGUAAGCACAAUUUUUUCAUUUUUAAACGAAGUAAAUUGUGAGAAACUCAUAAUUUUUUAACUGUUUGUACACUGACGAAAAAAACAAUUGGCAUUUCAAAAAAAAAUUCUAUUUUGUUUUUCUUUUUAAAUUAUAUAUAUAUUAUAUAUAUAUAUUAUAAUUAUAUCCCGUCUCGUUUGUGUUCUUCGAGAAAAAUUUAUGGGAACCAACGAGCGACGCUGAUCUCCAGUCGCGAAUAUUUAUUUAUUAUUUUCUAUAUUCCAAAAGAAUAUAAAUAAGUACCGAAUUCACAAAAAAAAAGCGGUUACUGUACAGAUAGGUGAAAUUACAGGAUAUCUAAAUUCUAUUUGUUGAUGGAAAGGGAUUAUCUUAGAUGAUAAUUUUUAUGUAGUCGGAUCGGGGGCGAGUGUGCUAGUCUCUGCCAAAAAAAAAAAAGGAAAUCAACAGAAUGCAACAAUUUUCCCGUAGAAAGUUUUAGAAUUUACUACACCCCGGUUCAAUAAACUGUAAUUCAAUUACAAGCGAAAAAAAAGAAAGAAAUAACGUUCAACUAUGUAAAAUAUAUACAUAAUGAUAAUUCUUGAAAAAAAAAGAACUUGUAAAACAACGAAUUGUAAUGGAAAAACAAAAUUCUCAAAAAAAAAUUCAUGCACACUAGUAGCCCUUUAAAAUGACUAUGAAAAUAAUCAGUGGGCAAUGAAUAUAGUAAUUAUGUUCCGUCGUAUAAAAAGUGCUGGUUUUCGAGUAUUUAUAAUUAUUGUAUAAUGUAAUUCGGUAAAUUCAGUGAUAUUUAAGACUAGUCAGCUAGAUUCCCUACAAUUACAUAAUCUCAUAAUAAAGUGAAAGUGAAGUAGAGACGAAAAAAGAAAAAAAAAAAAAAACUAGUCACUUUGUUGCAAUUGCGCGAGGCGUGGCCCUAAAUUAUUUGCUAUUUAAUUUUUUACGUUAUUUUUAUUUUUUUGAAUAUUUAUUUUCGAUUUACCAUCGCUGCGUGUAAAUGUAAGAAAAAAAAACCAGCUGACUUGUUAAAAGAGGAUUUAAUUUUUCUUAUAUUUUGUAAACACUUAGAUUUGGAAUUUCGAAAAAAUAUUAACAGUUCUGGAAAAAUUAUUUUUUAUUGUAUUUUUUUCUUUCUAAAACAUAUUUAUUUUUAUAAUUAUUUUUUUCAUGAUUCUUUUUACGUAAAAUUUAUUCUACUAAGAUUUUCGUUUAUUUAUUUAUUUUUUUCUUUUCUAAAAAGAAAAUCACUGUUAAAAUAAGCAAUUUUUCGAAAUCCAUUUCCAAGUUGUUUGUGCCAUUGAAAAAUGCUUUAUAAGUCGUCGAAGAAUUUAUUUAUUAUUUAUUUAUUAAUUAAGCUUCAGCCUUUCGGCCCAGAAGUGGACUUGGUUUAAUACAAAAAAUUUAUUUAUUAUAAUUAUCGCAAAAAAAUUAUAUAAAACAAGAAAUAUAAUUUUAUAUCUUGAAAUACUUUUAUUUUGAAUUUUUUUUAUAUAUAUAUAUUUUUUUUUGAAAUUUUAUUUUUCAUUUAAUGAAAAAUAUAAUAUUGACGUACAAAAAAUUUUUCGUCAGUAUUAGAUUAGUUUUUUUUUUUUUUUGAAAUUAGUGCAAUAUAUCUCUAUCACACAAAAAAAAUAUUGUGAACAAAGGAACUAUUUCUAAUGUACUAUAUGCCAAAUUAUCAAAUAUUUAUAUAAAAAUAAUAAUUAAUUAGCGACUAAAGCAGUAUUGUUAUAUGAAAGAAAUAUCACGUAAUUAUGAAUUAGCAACUCGCUUUUAUGGAGACUUUUCACGACUUUGCAAUCGAUAUAGUUGCAAAUUUUAUAGAGUUACACUUAAAGUAAUUCCAACUGUGAUCUGAUUUUUUUUUCCUAUAAACAAAUUUAUGGCAGCUUCUCUAUUUUUUUUUUUUUUUAGUGUUAAAAAAAAACUUUUAACAAAUUCAUUUUUAAUUAUUUACUUUGUAAGGAAUAUAAAUAUUUACUUUUUUUUAUUUAAAAGUCUUUAAUAUUUUUAUUUAAUGUUAAUUUCAAUUAUAUUAAUUUUAUUUUACGUUUAAAUAAUUUUUAAUUACAAAUUUUAUUUAUUUUUAAUUAUCAAAGUUUGGAUAAUAAAAAAAAAAUUAUCAGAUUAUUUAAAUGGAAUUGCUUUUCUCAAUGAAAAGAAAUCGAUUUAUAAUAAAAUUCAGCGAGGAAUAAUUCACCGAUUUUUAAAGAAAUGUUGCAUUCCGUUGAAUAAAAAUAAAAACCGCCCAAAAGAGCAAAUUAACAAAAAAAAAAAAAUUAGAAAAAAUGAGAAUGAAAGAAAAGCUCCAUCAUAGGUUCCUGUACAUAACGUAAUCAAAUAAAAAAUGAUUUACGAUACUAUAAAUAUUGUAUCUUCUCCGCUUACAAUGAUAGAUACGGGAAAAAAAAAAACUAUCGUUAUAUGUGAAUGUAAUCGAGUUUUACUACUCAAAAGUAACGCUUAAAUGGUUAAAUAAUUUUAACGGAGAAGAGUACUAUUAAUUAACGAUUGUAAUUAAAUUCGCAAAUAGUAAACAGAUAUUAUUGUCUAUGAAUAA